AUGUUUUAUCGAUAUACUUUGACACAACGCCCUCUACUAAGGUGUUGUAAAUUUGUAUACACUAUACAUGGUACUAGUAAUUUUGCAACAUUAUCCAGUACUACUCCAACGUUGUCUUCAUCAUAUAAUUUUCAACCUUCAAUACGGAAGAACCCGUUUACUCCCGUUGAAGAUACUCAAGCCUCGACAGAAAAGCCAAUAGAUAUAAUACAGAGUAUUGAUACAACAUUAGAAAGCAAUAGCACAAGUACUUCUACGCAUAUUAAUGAUAUAAAUAGUAUAGAUCUACCCACUGCAACAGAUGAACAAAACACUAUUCCUGCCACUGACAUAAUAAACAGAAUAAGUGAAAUAAUAGUGACAGAUACUAAAAGAGCAACUCAAUUAUACAAGGGAGUCAAAGAUAAAUUUAAAAGAAAAGUUAUUGGGUCAGAAUUAAUCAAAUCUUUUCGUGCUGAUAAAGUUAAAUUAUCAAUUUGGAGAUACAUUAUUGAUCCACGAGGUAAAAUAACAAGAAUGAGUAUUUUGAACGUUCUUGAUUCAAUUCUAGAAACAUCAGAUAAAUUAAAUGGGAUGAAGAUUGAGAUUUUGUUAAAUUAUUUGCAUAAACUUUCAGCCACUAAUAACAUAAAUACUGAUCCACUACUUUUAAGCAGUAAAAAAUUCCAUGAUUUACUUCGAUUAGUUCCUUCUGAAAAGCAUUUUAUAUUAUACCUGUAUAUGGUGCAACUAAAUAUCCAACCAGCUAUUAGAAGACAUAUGGAUGGUUUGAAAAAGAAGUUAAUCAAUGAGUCAGCAAAAACAAGAUUUGUAGCUCAAACAGGUUAUUUUUCUCCUAAAUGGCAUGAAUUAACAAAGACACAAUUUAAUAAAACUAAAAGAUUACAAAUGGUUAAUUUCUUUGCAAUAGCUGACUUUGAAAGGUUUGCGCAAAACAGUAUCAAACAUAAUCAACCAGCUAUGGCAUUAUAUUAUUUAAACUGCAUGCUUUCAAAAUUUGAAAGAAAGUGUCUAUACGGUGCCAAAGUCGUUGAUAGUACUACUACAGAACAGGACAUACAGAUGCUACUAAGAACUGUAUUGAAUUUGGUGAUGAAGUUCAAAGGUGGGUCACAUGGCAUUGAUGUAUUGAAGUAUAUGAACAGUGAAAACUUGCGAGUCACAUUUGAUUUAUACUUGUCAUUGCUACAAAAUUUACGACAAUCGGAGAACUAUAAUGAAUUUGCAGUAGUGUUGAAUAAUUUACCAUUAGAAGAUUUAUCUUAUGAGCAAAAAUUAUCGAUAGGUACUGAGAUUUUGGCAAUGAUUCAAUCAAGAUUUCCAAUUUCACCAAAAGUGAUCAUUGGAUAUGUAGGUGCAUUGUUUAAUGGAAGUGAUCCGUCCAAGAAUCAAGGGUUAGAUAUGUUAAAUGAAUUACAAGUAUUGGGUAUACCCUUUGGAUCUAGUGGUGUAGCCAAGAUACCCUCGGUGGAUGUUGUACAAGUUGCCACAAUUCAUUCACAAUUAAAAGGCUUGAGCAUAACUCAUAAUUGCUUACCAUACGUAUACAAUGUACUCAUGGAUUCCCUUGACAAUAUUUUAGAAUCACCUGAAGUAGUGUGGCAAUUAUACAAACAAUAUCUGUUAGUAGUUCUGAAUUCAAGUUUAAAUAUAACUUGUGAUGAGGUGAUUACAACAUUUUUAGACCAUUUGUUAAGAACCGAUGAAGAUACUUCCUUUCCAGUGAUACAUACAAUAGAAAACUAUAGGAUUGCAAAGAAGAUCACUAAAUUUUAUUAUACAUUCCCAGAUAUUAAGCUCAGCUCAUUAAAUUCCGAAUUGCUAAUCCAAACUGCAUUAUUAAUCCACAAAGACUAUUCAUUUGCAUUGGAAAUGUUAAAAUUAUCACGUCAAAAGGGAAAUCCGUUCACAUUCAAUCAAGUAUAUCCCUUUAUCAAGUAUCAUUAUGAUAACAAAGAGUAUUCUGAGGCUCGAGUCUGGUACGAUGAAUUGGCCAAACUGGGAGCCGGUUCCACUGGUAUCAUGUUGAGUGAACUUUUUGGCAUUGCUAAACAGCUAGGCUGGCCAGUUAACAGUUGCACUUAUAAAUUCAAUAUAACCAAAAGGAAAAGACACAAUAAACAGGCAUUGGACGAGAUUCAAAAGGAUUCAGCAAUGUUUAUUGAAAAAUCUGAUAUUGAUGAUGGAAGGGAUAAUGAUCAUCAGAUUGCUACUAACAACAACAAUAACGAUUUUGAAAAUGAAUUAGGGUCCAUCUUACAAAGUUUAAAUCAAAAACUGAAAAUUACAUAG